CCUGUUUUAGACACACGUGGGGCAAAAUGCAAUGCGCUCAGGGGAGAAACAGACAAGGGAAGAGGGCGGGAGAGACGCAGUAAGGCGAAUGAAUGAGAGGGAGGAGAGAGAACUUUGACACCGAGGGCCAGAGGACAGGUUUGCGAGACAGUCAAGAGAGGUACUGAGAGAAAAGGAAAGACUUCAAACUUUGUCACAAACCAGUCGCUAACCGCACGCCUGGCCCUCGAGCAGAGGAAAAAUAAAGAGCAAGAACGAGAGAGAGUUUCGGUGACUUUUCGGUAACUGGGGGAUUUUGGACUAACAUUUUGGAUUCAGCCUGGAUGGGGAUUCCUGCUGUGCUGUGUCAGAUGGAUAUCGUCCCAUGAGUAGAUGAUGGCGAUGACAGCCCUCUUCAGAGGGAAAUGGGGGCUUAAUAAACCUCAAGAGGUCCAGACCAAACCUCGGACGCCUGUGCCCCAACUGCCCAGCGAGGACGACGACGACGAAGACGACAGUCUUAGACCCCCGAUCCGCAGGAAUUCACGCUUUUACCGCUCGAUGAGAAAGAAAAAGUUGCCUGGACCCUCAGAACAACAAGAAAGCCCCUCCUGCUCUCCGAAACCAACAGUAGACCCCGCCUCCUACAAUAGACUCAGCCCCGCUGCAGCAAACAGACUCGUACUCUCUCCCAGACUGCAAAAAAGUCCACCUUCACGCUCUGGAAUCUCGUUGCUCAGCAACGGGACUACAGUGCUGGGAGGAGUUCGCUCUCGCUCUCCGCUGGCGACGCCGGGAGAUUGGUCGCGUAGACCAGAAAUGGAGGAGCUGAGCGAACGGACGACCAGCGCCUGCACCAUGCAGGACAAUGACAAUCACAGCACUGCUGACCCAGACAAUAUCACACUCCGGCUGGUGAGGAAUGGUGACAGUCCGCAGAAGAUGGCAGUAGAGAAUUCCUGCCGCAAUCUCAACAUUAUGAAGAAUGUCGGUGAGUGA